GAGUUCAAUAAUUUGUUUAGACAAUACGUAGAAAAUCAUCUGAGCAAAAGGCAGGGUAUAUUUGUCUGAGUGUUUGAACAUGGUAAGGUUUUAUGUGGAGUUUGCAUGUUUUCCCUGGAUGUGGAUUUUUCUCCAGACACUCCGGCUGACUUCAGAAGACCAAAAACAUUGUUGUUUGGCUGAUUGGUGAAACUAUAUAAUCUGUCGGUAUGAAUGUGACUGUGUGUUACUGUAAUCACAGAUGGGUUUGAAGAUUAGAGGAUUCUAAAAACGUAACAGAGAAAGCAGUAAAAUGUAAAAUGGAAUGAAGAACAAUCAAAAGCUACAUUAAGAGUGACGAUACAAACUUAAAGUGAAAUGAGUGUUUUGGGUAUGAAAAUGUUUGAUUCAACUUUGAGACCAUAACACAGUUGAUCUUGCUUUGCACAUCACGUCAGGGUCUUCUUUGUUUUAAUUUAAAAUGAUUUUAAGUUUAAAAUGUAUCAUUUGUUGUUUUCUUUUUCCACCAGGCAUCAGAGGAGACAUCUCUUACUGUGAUCUCUAUCAGAGACCUGGAGAUGAUGUCUUGUUACCCUGUCUUCUGGUGUCAUUAACUAAGACCAGAUGUUCAGAUAUUGACUGGUUUUACAACAAACAGCGAAGAAGAACUUUUCUUGAUGUUGAUGAUGGAGAAGUUGUGAAGAGCUCGCCCCGAGCUGCCAGACUGAGUCUGCACACCAACUGCUCUCUGAUCAUCAAUAACAUCACAGCUGAGGACGCUGGUCAGUACACCUGUCGAUAUGAGAGGGACUCUACCUGGGACACACAGGUGUUUCUCAACAUUUUGACAAUUUCACCGUCAUCUACAGACACAGAUCCAAACAGAGACGGAGACGUGACAUUAAGUUGCUCCCUGUUCAAAUUUGGAGGAUGGUGUGAACCCAGGAGUGUCCGCUGGGUGGAUGAGACGGGAGCUGAGCUGGUUGGUGAAGGUGAUGGUUUCAGGUAUGGAGGACAGACAAACUGUGUUUCUUAUCUGACUGUGAAGAAUCAGGCUGAACACAGCAGAAGAUACACCUGCCAGUAUGUUGAUGAAACAGGUGUGAAGAUCCAGGCUCUCUACUCAGCUGUGUCCUCAGUGUCACCAACAGAUCCCACCGACUGGCCUCCUCUGAGCUACACCAUGUGGGCUCUGCGCAUCUCAGUAUUGAUCCUCAUGAUGGUCCUCACAGCUCGGAUCAUCAGAGGCACAGGAAGCACCAGGCAGCUCCGAAACAACAGCGUUCGUUACAUCAAGACUGAUAGUGGUGGAGAAGUAAGCUGUGAAAAUGUAGAACAGCGUCUGUCUCCUUCUGCGCUGCGCUGAUCUCCAACAACUCUCCUCGCUAACAUCAGCUGUUUUGAUUCUUCCUAAUCUGUUGAACCUCUCAUAUUUUAGUGAGAGGAUAUGUAGCGCUGCAUUUUGCCACAUUACAUACUGUACUGUUAUUCCAUGACGCGGUGCUAAAGGGUCGAUAAUCACUGGAAACUAAAAGCAACAAUCUUUUAUCAUUGUUAUUUAUUAUUGUCACUCUGAUGGCUCCAACUCCAUAUUGAACAAAAAUUCUUUGUGAAAGCAGAAUUUAGAGCAAAGCUGCUGAACUGGAUUGCAUUUCAUUGGAGUAUCAUCAGUGAUGAAUGAGUGAGUGCAUGAUGCCCCUUUUUAAUGCAACAACUGUCCUUCUGUAAACAGUAAAAAAAAAUAUCAAUCUGAAUGAAGCAGAUUGAUAUUCAAAGAAACAACUGAAGUUUAAAAAAAACAGGCUAAAUUCUUAUCUCAGCAGGGCUGUAAAAUCAAAGUCAUCCCCUGGACUAGAAGCCGCUGUAUCAGUCUCAACCACUGUGCAGUCAGACGACUGAACUGCAGCGGCGUCUUUAGGCCAGUUUUAGGGGCUGAAGCCUCAGAUCUUCGUCUUCUGUCGCUGCUCUCAGUGAAAACACACUCAAGAUAAUUCCCCUGAUAUUUUCUCCAUUCUGCUGGUUUAGGCUUGAUGAAGAGGGCUUAUUUAAAUAUGUUUCCAUCGUCACUAGCUAAACACGCUAAACAUACUGUUACCGUGCCAACCUAUGUUUGCAGUUGUGCUGUCUUUAAGAGAUUACCCCCCUCCUUAAACCCCAGUGACGCCCCUGAUGAACUGUAACAUUUAGCAUCCAAUUGAAAUAUAUUUCUUUCGACAACAGACUAUAUUAUGUGUUAUAUAUAAAGAAAAAAGUAUAUUUCAACAACCCCCUUUGCAAUAUGAAAGAAACAAAGAAAUGUGCAACAUUUUGCAGAAAAGCACAAUGAAGUAAAAUGUGCAUUUUCAGAACUGAGAUUGUCAAAUAUAUCACACAGAAAAUUUCUAAUUGUCAUUCGGUCACAGCUUCCUACCAGUGCACCUCUGUGGGUCAAAGAAGCUGAAGUUAGCUUCUGAUUCGGCACUAAAGGGAAAAGUUAAGGGAAAAUGAUUUCACAAGUGGAGCAGCUGUUUAUCCGUUUUCUGUGCUACAUAUUUAUGAAAAACCAAAUUUAACGUAAUUGAGACAAUAAAUUUGUCAAACAAUCAUUAUUGAAUUUCUACAGCUUUCUUUAUAUUUCAGUGUGAAAGAAAAGCAUAUUCAACAGUAAUCUUCAUAACUAGAACACAGGUCCAGAUCGAAAACCACUGUACCCCAACUCCCCAAAUCUGGACUAAAUUAUUCUAAAGAUGUUAAACUUUCACUAAAACUUUGUUUCUGAUUUGUGAAAACUUCUUUGGAUUUGUUAAAAUGUAAAAUAGAGCAGAGCUGACUGUAUUUUUCGCAGCCAGACCGCAGAUGGAGAACCACUGGACCUGCACUUCUCAAAUCUGACGAAUGAAGUGUCCUUCAAGAAUGAUAUAUCAUUCCAAAGCUCAAGAGAUUUACAAUGUCAACAAACUUCAUUUCAAUUCCCAAGAUUUAUGACAAUCCAGCCAGAUAGCCACAAGCGGCAGCAUAUUAAAUGAUGGCUCACGAACCCACGACGUUGCGGUGCAGUAAAUGGAUCUGGCAUCAUGGAUAUAUACUGUUAGGUUUUGUUCCGGAUGUUGCUGAUGUUCGCGGGACUGUUAGUUUUUGCACAUGUAUUUUAAAUUUGGUAUAAAACAAAUUCUUUGAUGUCACAGUGCACUUAAAGUGUUCAGUUGGUGACAUUUAGGGCUUUUUGUUUGAGAAACAGUUGAAAAACAACUGUUGCUCGCUGGUGGUUUAUGCUGCAGCUGACUUGAUCAAAUCAGUGUCUUUGUAUUGCAUGUACUGUCUCUUUCCGUUUUAAAAUGUGUUUGAUUAUCUUUUCUUGUUUGUUUUAUAUUCAUUCCUCUUUUUGUCAUGGUCUCCUUUAUAAAACUAAA